UUUAUUAUCAGCUGUAAGUGUAUAACGUAGCACAAUGGUUUGUUUAAUUUAAGAUAGCAAGAAUCUCCAUCUCAUUAUCUCAUUUAAUUCUUUUGUGUUCGAUUGAAAAUUGAAACCCUCAGCGUUUUUCCAGAGCAUGAGUCAUCCGUGCGCGUGACGAUUGCAAGUAACCUUGUGAUAAGUUAUUCUCAAGUGGCAUUUCACCGAUUCUGAUCUUGCUUUCGGUAUUUCUCAAAAGAAAUUUGUGUGGCGUCAUUGAAACGUACGUACAUAUUUUAGCAUCCAAAGAUGAAAGGACAAGGCGAGCCGUCAGACUCAAACACAGGGCCAGCGGCAGCUCAUGUAACUGCCAUGCCCUCAGCUCCUCCUCCUUACAGUGAGGUCGUGGGACAUGCAGAAGUGCAAGGAAAUGCUCCUCCCCCUGGUUUUUCUGUUAAUCCUCCACCUUACUCUAACCAGCCUCAGGCAGGAUAUCCUGGAUACCCUGCGUACCCACAAUCUGCGCAACCAUUUCCUGGACAACCUGGUUUCGGCAAUCCAAACCCCACUUUUAUAAGUGUUGUUCAACACCCAAGUGGCGCUUCUCGCACCGAAGUAAUCAUCACAUCAUUGGGAGCAGGACCCGCACGAAUCAAAUGUCCAAGAUGCAGUGCAGAUGUUAUCACCAGUACGACAACAGGGCCAAGUUGGCUCGCUCACUUGUGUUGUCUAGCCAUGUUUGUUACCGGAUUCUGGCUUUGCAGUUGUUUGCCAUAUUGCAUUAGCUCAUUUGACUCUACCGUACAUCAAUGCCCGAACUGCAAAGCUGUUGUUGGAUCCUUUCGUGAAGGUUGUUGAUAAGCCUGAAAAACUUAUGUACUCAAUGCUUUUAACUUCUCGUACAGUUAAGGAGAGAUUUUAUAAUUUCUCAACCAAAAUAUCUAUUUUUAUUCAAAUUACUAUAUACCUUACCUUUAAUUUAGUUUCUAUCAUCUCAGCUUGUAUAAAGUAAGCCGAUCGUUUUCAACACUUGUUUUCAAAAUUGCAAAAGAGAUAGGAAGGAUUAGUAAUGGAGAUUAGUUUUUCUUUUAAAAUUUACUUCCAAUCGCUGACAGUUAUUUUAUUUUUUUGAGUGCUCGAUUGAUUAUGUUUUGUGUGCUCUUUUAAAAAUGUUGAUUCUGUGGAGUUUAUUAAAUUUAAGAAGGAAUUGGAAUAAUUUUAAAGAGAAAUACCAAGCACUGAACUUCUUUUUUGUUCCUGGAAAGUUUUUUUUAUCAAUAAUCUGACCAUCACGAAACUCAUAAACUUUCGGAAAUUGAGCUUCUAACAAAUGUAAUGUAAUACACAAUGAAUUAGUUCAAGUGAAAAGUCAUAUUUGUGAAAAAAUAAAAACUUGUGCUUAUUUUUUAACCAAUGAGCCUCAAAUGGCCUAUUUAAAAGUAUACUAUUCGCUUGUGACACGUUUAUAAGGAAGAAAAGUAGUGAACUCAAUACGAAAGGUGAAAUUUAAUACCAAAAUCUAUAAAUGUUAUCAAGCCCCUGAUGACUAAAAACUGUAUGCUUUGCUACAUGAUUCAACUGAUUCAGUAGCCAAGUCUUUCAUUAUCCAGCUCCUCACUGUAAGUCAGCACUCUCCACUCCCCAGAUAAAAUUUAGGUUAAGAACAAACCACGAUAACUGCUUCAAUGUUUCGAAUUUAGGAUUGAUCCAUGUCUUGUACGCAUAUUUUAUAGUAUCAUUCUCGUAUAAAUUAUCAUGGUCAAUUUAGUCAAUACCUGAUUUUGGCAGUCAAUGAAAGAAGGAUUUUGAUACAUCAUCUAUCGAUUGAUCAUUUUUAGCACCAGUACACCUAUCGUACUAAACUCUCAUUUCUUACUGAAUUUGUUUUUAAGAUCUUUUACUGCAUGGGCAUCCUGUGAGGAAUAGAGACGAAAGCAACAGUUUGAAUAUACUUUUCGCAUCACAAAAUUCUUGUUUAGAGUAACUGUUCCCUCCAUUUUGAUUUUUGAUUUAAUACAUUUUGUAUUUGCGUUUCAAAUCACAAAGUCUAACGUCAUCAUAUAGUCAAAGUCAUUGUUGGGUAUUUAUUUUAUUGAAUAAGUGUUGAAGUUAGAAUUUUAGUUUUUAUUUCAAAUGUUCCACCUCAUAUUUACCAGAAAUGUAGUUAAGAAAAUUCUAGCAACUCGGCUAAUUUGACUGAGAAUUGGCUGGGAAAGCAGAAAAAAGUAAUGCGUUCGAAAAUCAUGUCAGCAUAGGUGUAGUUCUCCUUUUGAAGCUGUAUAGCAUUGUUUCAGAUUUUUUGUGCACAGGGCUUUCCUGGUGUGCAUCCUUUGUGAUCCAUGCCGGGAACUAUUAAAAGGCACUUUUCAUCUACAGAUUUGCCGAAUAUAUAGCUCUCAAUCUAAAUGUUAUUCACAAUUACAGCUUCAAGGGCUUGAAAUGUAUUUUAUUUUUUAUCAUUAGCAUUACCAUUAUAUUAUUCUAUUAUUAUUUUAUAUUUGAACUCAAACUUCGGUAAGCUGCCAUUUUGCAAAAGUGUUGCCAAAGUUAAGCUCAAAUUUUAAUUUGCUCUAAUGAAUUUCUGGCCCAAAUACUUAAGAUGAGUCAAAAAAUCAAGAGAAACGGAAAGAGAAAACAUCUAUAAUUAAGUAACUUCUCUAUUUUCCUCUUAUUUUAUCAGAAGUUCAUGUGCCAAUACAUGACAGAACAUUGUCUGAAGGAGACGGGACCAUACCAAGUUUAUGUUCUUUGUGAAAUCCACCAUUUGUUAAUAAUUUUUUCCUACAAAAAGGGUUUGCAGCCUCUUCUGCGAGAAAGUGAACAAAAUCUAAAUUAUUUUCAGCUGGUUUUUUUAUGUGAUGUAUUGUUUUGUAAUAGUACCGCUUUGUGCCUUUUUAGGUGGCAAGCGUGAAUGCAAAAAUAAAGUUAUUUGCAAGUU